GAACUCGAUAUUUACUAAAGGGAAUGUUUUGAAGGGAAGAAAAUCGUGUUAUCUAUACGGAUGAAAAGCUACCAGAAAGCCAGUUUAAAGUAAAACUUCUUAGAUGUUAUUAUUUUUGAAAAUUUGUACUAUAAGGUAUCUCGCUUAACAAGAACCACUGUUUAUGCUGAGUGGAUGCUAGAGUGAAACACCAACUAUAACACAUCUCAAUUACAUUCAAUUCGAUUUUUAUCGAUCCAGCAAUCAAAAACAGUGGAACUUACAGUAUCUUAUUUAUAAAUUUACUUUUAAAUAUUACUACGAUUUCAGAGCGUAGAUGGAAAGAUAAUUAAAUAUUUUGGAAUUAUGUAUAAUAAAAAAAAACUCGUUUAAAAAUACAAUGGAAUCUAAAAUAACAUUUUUGUUUACAUAAUCAUUGAGAUACAGUGACAUGCAAUAUUAGCGACAACGAUUGAACCGAUUUGAGUUAUUAAAAAAUUACUCCUGCGUAAACAGCUUAAAUAUUUUAAUAAUUGAUUGGGAUAAGAAUUGACGUCAUGAUACAAAUAUAAUUACAAUGCCAAAUUGAAUAGUAAACAAUGGUUGCUAUAGUAACGUUUUAUUUCCAUACAAAUUUCCACUGCCAUUUUUAACCCUUUAAGGGCCGUUAUUUUAGGAUAAAAUAUGUCUUACUACCUUUCUGGGAUUUUAAAGUACUUCCUAAACGAUAUCCUUAAAAACUAUAUUGGUAUCGACAUUUAUCAAUUGAAUAGCAAAAUACUCUUAUUACUUAUUAUUAUUAAGAAAUUGAAGCUGUCACGAUUUGCCAUUAUUUGCUUCAAUUUUGCACCCAUUGUUUGCUUUAAUAGACAAAUUAAAACUGUUUGUUCAAACAAAAAAAUAUUUAAGAAGAGUCAAUGAAACAUUGUUUUACAGAUAAUUAUUUUUAGAAACACUACAACAAUGUAACUCUAAUCUUAUUUUAUUGCUCUUAUUAUGAGUUUACCUACACGUCAUGCGCCUUAUCGUUCUCAAAUACCUUGCUACUGCUUCUUACUUUCAGUUUGAAACCACUAUGCGUACAGAACGUUCAUUACCAAUCUUAGUUUACACAGCAAUUAGAUAAUUUUAAAUUAUAUAUAUUUUUGGAUUCAAGAAUGAGUAAAAUAUGAGCGAGCAAGAUAAGACCCGAAAUGAAUUUACAAAACCUCCGUUGUCAGAAUCUAGCACUUCGAGUAAUUUAACACCAGGAGUAUACUAUCCUCGACAAAAGAUUUUAAAUCCAGUCCGUCGUGUCACAGUUGGACAGAGAAAACCUCGAGCAGUUUUAAAGAAUGGAGAAAUCAAUUCUGAGAAGUUUUCAAAUCAGAAGCUCAGUUUGUCCUGUUUGUGGUUUGUCUCUUUAGUGGAAGCUAGAUGGAGGUGGACCUUUAUAAGUUUUUUUUUAGCAUUCACUGGCAAUUGGUUGUUUUUUGGUUUUACUUACUGGUUUAUAUCUGUUGCUCAUGGAGAUUUAACUGAAGACCAUCUUCCUCCCAACCAGAGUAUCUCAAAUUGGACUCCUUGCAUUGAAAACAUUUAUGGUUUCACGUCAACCUUUUUAUUUAGUGUAGAAGUUCAUACGACAGUAGCUUAUGGUAAGCGAGCAAUCACACUUCAAUGUCCUGAUGCCAUUUUUGCAAUGUGCCUCCAAUGUAUUAUGAGUUCUAUAUUCCAAGCUUUUAUGAUUGGAAUCCUGUUUGCCAAACUGACUAGACCAAAAGCUAGAACUCAAACGAUACUAUUAAGUAAGCACGCCACAAUAAGCCUUAGGGACGAAAAACUGUGCAUGAUAUUAAGAAUUGGUGAUAUGAGAAAAUCAAGGAUAUUAAAUAUUAAAGCUGACAUGUUUAUUAUAAGAUUACAAGACGAUAUGAAUUAUUUGGACAACAGUGAACAAAUUGAACUUCAUACAGAUAUGGAUAAUUGCGAGUCUAGUUUCUUUUUAUGGCCAGUUUCCGUUGUUCAUACAAUAGACGAAUCUAGUCCCUUAUAUAAAAUGUCAGCCGCAGAUCUCUUAUGUGGAAACAUAGAAAUAUUAGUUGUUUUUGAAGGUAUAAUUGAAUCAACUGGUCAACCUAUACAAGCAAGAUCGAGUUAUUGUGAAAGUGAUAUAAUAUGGGGUCAUAGAUUUGUUCCAAUGUUUAGUUAUGACGAAGAGAAGGAAAUUUACGAUGUAGAUUUUUCAAAGUUAAGCGAAACAAAACAAUUCGAUACACCUUUAUGUUCGGCUUUCGAAUAUGAAACUUUUAUAUCAAAUAAAAAUGCUACAACUGAAGAUAAAAAAUCUACAAAAAUAAAUAGAUGACACGAAGAAGUUAAAGAUGUAAUUAGUACUUCUACAAAUAAAGAAAUAAUUAUACAUGAAGUAAAUAAUAUGUUAGAUGAAUAUUUUAUAUUGAACCUUCUUUUCUAUGUUUAUGAAAUCAGAAUUUAUUGUAUUUAUAAGUAUGACAUCCAUAUUAUUUGCAAGAGUAAAGUCAAGUGAAUCUAUAAAUAAAAUUAAAAUUAAGAUUAUUAUUUGUAAGGAAUCCAAAUAUAUGUCAUAUUAUGUAGCAACUAGUUAAAGAAGCCGUUCGAUUGGAUGAUUAACCCCUUAAUAAGUCGCAUCCUUUAAUAACAUAGUUCGUUUUCUAGGUUUAAUUAAACAU